AUGUCUAGUGCUACAAUUGCAAAGACUGAUUUGGACGGUAUCCUACCAUUAAUUGCUAGAGGUAAGGUAAGAGAUAUAUAUGAAGUUGACGAUAAGACAUUACUGUUUAUCGCCAGUGAUAGAAUAUCCGCGUAUGAUGUUAUUAUGAAUAACACUAUUCCACAAAAGGGAGCAUUGUUAACUAAGUUAUCUGAGUUUUGGUUCAGUUUUCUUUCGUCAACUAUUAGGAAUCAUCUAGUCUCUAUACCGCACAACAAGACCAUAUUUGACUUCCUACCAGAAGAAUUGAAACAGGAGAAAUAUAGGCUCCAAAUAGAAGGUAGGUCCCUGCUAGUACAAAGAUUUAAGACUAUCCCAUUAGAAGUCAUUGUGCGUGGUUACAUAACAGGCUCUGCAUGGAAGGAGUAUUGUAAAUCUGGUACGGUUAAUGGGUUGAAGCAACUUGCUAACUUAAGGGAGUCUGAAAAGCUCCCUGAAGCAAUCUUUACACCGUCAACAAAAGCUGAGCAAGGCGAACACGAUGAGAAUAUCUCUAUUCAGCAAGCUUCGGAGUUGGUAGGUAAUGAAUUGUGUAGUCGUAUCGAAGAAGUCGCACUUGAAUUGUACAUUAAAUGCGCCAAAUAUGCAGAGAGUAAGGGUAUUAUCAUUGCUGAUACGAAAUUUGAAUUUGGUCUCGAUGAGCAGACAAAUGAACUUGUUUUGAUUGAUGAAGUAUUAACACCAGAUUCAUCAAGGUUCUGGAAUUUGGCAUCCUACAAAAUAGGUGAGUCUCAACAUUCAUAUGACAAACAAUUUUUGAGAGACUGGUUGACUGUCAACAACCUUAAUGGAGUGGGAAACGUUUCUAUGCCCGAUGACAUUGUCGAGAAGACAAGAUUGAAGUACAUUGAAGCUUUCGAAAGUUUGACUGGACAAAAAUGGAACUAG